CAAACACUUAAAAAAAUCCUUGUACAUGAACUACAUCAAUUAAAGCACCAAGACAUUUACCUCUCCAAAUGUUGAUAUGCUUCUCAGGAGACUGAAUCCUAAAACUUCAAUUUGGUGCACUUCCAAAAAUUAUCAACUCUAGCAAACUUGUUGCUUCUCAAAUAAAGUGUCUCAACAACAAGCUGCAAGGACUCAUCCAUGAGAAGCACAUUAUAGUAGAAUAAAUAAAAGUAAGAAUUUAAUAAUAAAAAAUAAAUAAAUAAAACAAAUAUACGGAGGUUAUGCUUAGGGUUAACACAGCCGUCUGUUCUCUCCUUCUUCUUCGAUCAACUUCAGCGCCGCCAACCCUCUUCUUCGUCGAUCGGUCACAACAGCCCGGAUGUAAGGCGGCAACGGUCCUAGACUCGGCGACCCAUGAAGGACACCAAUUGGCACUGGGCGACGCUCUCCAAUCCGUCCGGCAAUGAACUCGGACAGCGGCGAGACGACGUCUCUCGUUCUUUCGGUGUUCAGCGAGGUCCAGCGACUCGACGACUUUUUCCCCCUGACAGUAAGGAGCAAUCCGGCGAUCUCUCUCUUUGUCCCAGCUCUAUUCAGCGAGUCUGGCGACCUUCGCGUUUAACUCAACACCCAGCAGCGGCGAGGCAACCCAGCGGCGGAGUAGCAGCGCCGGUGAGCGCGAGAUAGAACAAAUGUUUCUUCUCUGGAAGAAGUUGCUGCUUGAAAUCGGGCAAUAUCAAAAGAAGAAAUCAUGUUAUUCAAGUAAAGAACUUGCCUUACAGCCGUAGGUGAAUAGUAACCACGAGGGAGUUGACCUUCAAUUCGGCCAAAUCGAGCCCCAAAUCUACAAAGAUAAACUCGGAAAAGGAAUACAUUGCUAAAGUCAAUCCAAAGCUCAAAAAAUUACUUCAAAAACCCAAAAGCAACGAUGAAGCAGCACUUUAGGAUCGAUUGUGAAUAGUGUUACAUGAACCGCUGGCCAGCACUCUCGCGCAUACAGAGAGAAACUCCCAUCGUUAGCUGAAAACAAUCCCUGGAUAGGUUGCCACUCAGAUGGAGGAGAGCAUCGAGAGGGUCCAGUGAUGAAGCUUCCUUGGUGGGUUUUUGAAUGACGA